AGGCUGCGGUCAGUUUCGCCUGCGCGCUCAUGGUGCCCUGGUUGCUAUCCGCGUGCAGCCGCAGGGACGGCCGCUCGCAGCAGAAGCCCUCCCUCGCGGCUGGAGCGCGGCACGGAGGCCACCUCCAGCGGCGAGCCGCCCUCGCUGGCGUGGGGGAUGCACGGGCCAGCGGGGGCGUGGGCGCUGCUCCAGGGCGCUGGGCGCGGGGCUCGUUUACCAGACCUCGAGGCCGUGCCCGCGGCUGUGGCCGACGUUGCGCUGCUGGCCUGGCUCGGGGACCUCCGCGGCGCCGCCGAGCUGUCCGCGGUCUGCGCGGCGGGCGGCAAGGCCCUGUCGGCCUUGGAGCAGCUGGUCGCCGAGAUCGGCCGGGCGGAGAAGGCGUCCGGUGGCGGACGGUGGUGGUGCGCUGGGGCGGCAACGCCGAGCUGGCCGCCGAGGUGGUUCGCCCGGGCUCCCCCUGGGAGGAGAUGGUCGCCUCAGGCCUUGCGCGGCUGAUCGCCGUGGACUACCGCGGCUUCGGUUGGUCGGGCGGGGCGCCUUCCAUGGCAGCGCUGCGCGCCGACGUGUCGGACCUCCUCGUUGCGCUGCCCGCCUGGCACGCCGCGCGCGGGCUGCGCUGGCCCCCCGCCCCGGGCCGGCUGGUGCUGCUGGGGCGGUCGCUGGGGGCGCAGGCCGCCCUGCACGCUGCCGCGCUGCUGCCCCCGCCGCUGCGCGCCGCGCUGGUGCUGGACUCGCCCGCGGUGUGCCACUGGCCGCUGGAGCAGGCUUGCCUUUCGCACGAUACGCCCUGGCCUCGGCUGCGGCCAACGUCCGAGGACGACGACAACCCCGAUGUGCACGAGAAGGGCUGCAACGAGGCAGACGUGGUGGUCGCAGACGCUGGCCACGCUGCCGCCCUUGCCGAAGUCGCGCGCCUCGGAGGGGUCAUCGCCGAGGUGGAAGCGGCCGAGGUUCGCGCUGGCUGCUGGGAGGCGCUCAGCGCUGCGCUUGCCGAGGCUGGCGCGCCGCGCCUGCGGCCCGCCGGCCGGCGGCUGGAGCGGUGCGCGUGCUGCCGGGCGCCCGGGGCUCGGCGGGCGCAGCCGGCCCGGGAGGCCGCGAUGCUGGACGCGCAGGACAUCGUCUCGGGCCUGGACUCCGAGCUGCUGCUACUGGCCUCGGCCUCGGCAUCCGAGGGGCCCUGUGUUCCACCCAGCAGACUUGAGACCGACAUUGCCGAGGUGGAGGCGCCAAUACUCACGGUCUUGCUGCUGCAGGCGCUGGGAUUGCAGCGGCAGUGGGAUGGUGGCGCCCUCUGCGAGGGGCGCGCUCCAGUGAUUCGCGACGAGGUGAUUGGGCAACCUGCGCUCGACGAGGCAGGUGCGUGCACCUCGGAGGAGCUGGCCGCGCAGAACGAGCCUUGCAACCAAGAACCAAUAGGGCAAGCAAUGCACAUGCCGCUGCGCUACGUGCUCCACUACUGCUACAACACUUUCAACGUGCGGGAGCGCGCGGAGGACCUGCGGGAGGGCGGCCCGUGGCGCGACGUGUUUUCGCACUCCGCCCUGGAGAUCCGGGACGCGAGCCACAUCCUCCCGCAUGCGAGGGCCCAGCAGAUGUAUUACCACGGCAUGGGCCCCGACGGCCGAUGGCGCGGCUGGGCGCCCUUCGCCGACUGGUUCCGGUACGAGGUCAUGGCCCGCCACGGGGGCUGGUGGGUCGAUGCCGACAGCAUCAGCGUGCGCAACCUGGCCCGCCUGACGGACGGACCGCCACUGGCCCCCAUCUCUGGGCGCCAUAGGGGCGACCGGCGCACGGUGGGGGCGGUGGCGCUCCCAGACCCGUACGCGCCCGCCGAGGCUGAGCUUCAUCGGUGGAGCGCCGAGCUACCUCCAGUUGACCGUCAGGCGCAGCCGAGCCCAGGCUCGCCAGGGGUCCGCUCCGCGCACCCCCGCGCGGCGUUCUGCGGCUGGGCCGCGCGGCUUGCCACCGCUGGGUGGCGCGUGGGCCUCAUCACGAACAGCCACUUCUUCGUGCCCCCAGCCCGCUGCUCCUUGAUGCGCCCCCUGGCGGACGAGAUGCGCUCGCUGCUGGAGCGGUACGCGGCCGAGGUGGAGAUGCGCGGCAAGGAGGCUGUCACCGGAUUGGACUCCAGGGGGCAGGCGCUCUGUGCGCUACCCACGGGCAUCGUUGGCAUGCAAGCCUUCCAGCGCUUCGCCCAGAAGCUGAUGCGCGAGUCCGCUUGCAGCGCAGCUGUGGACAGGCCCUUGGUUCUGCACUGGUGCGUAUUCAACCCCGUUGACGCCAACGACCCCGACCGGAUGCACCGUGUGCUGGCUGGCGAUGAAAUUUUGCGAGGCCGUUGGGUGCAUGCCAUCCAUAUCUUCCGGAUCGUGCGAGACGAGUGGGAGCGUCGCGGUAUGCCAGCGCCUGUGCUACGCCCGGUUACCUGCGACGAUCCGCCAUCAACUCCAGACGCGCGCGAGGCGGCGCGACGCCCGGCGCGGCGGGCGGUGCGCUCCGCGGCGGCCCCGCAGGCGCUCGCCGAGCUCCCCGUGCGGGAGCUCCCCGCGCCGAGCGGCCCCCUCCUGAAGCGGAGGAGGGGCAGGCUGGCGAGUGCCGUGGGCGUGUAG